UUGAGUUAUAACAGUUUGCUUUUUUAGUGGAUUUAGAUUGGUAUCAAAUUAAAGUCUGAGAUAUUGAUGCCCGGCGAAAGAUACGAGGAAGACUGGAACUAGAAGACUAAAGCAACAUGGCGGUAGCGGUCGAGGCAGAAUAUAUAUAUGAGCGUAACAUGUGUAACUGUUGAUAAACAAGAUUUCAAGUGUAAUAAAUGCGAGGAAAGGGGAGAUCUUCCGAUGAAGCUUUUCGAUGAUGCGUUUAGGACCAUUCUGUGUGCACAAGCUUUCGUUAAAGUUGUUUUUGGCGUGCACUUUCACGUCCGUCACAACUUUGUACCUGUUUUGGAGUGGAUGUGAAAUUCAUUCAACUCUUCCCACAAAUAAAUACGAAGAGAUAAGAGGUGUGCCGCUAACUGCUAUCGAUUGUUCCAAAGUAAUUGCUGGAACAAGCAAGGACGAAGACAAUCCCACAGAAAGGACAGAAUUAAGUACACAGAAACUCGCAGAAUCAGACGCGGCCGUUUGUCCGAACGACCAUCGAAUCGACGUAAUCGUCAACGGGGGAAAGAAAUUAGAGGGACGAUUGAUAGAAAACGAAGCUUAUGUGCCUUUUUCUUUUGUGAAAGACUAUUUUGACAUUUAUGGUGACCUUCAGGAGUUAGAUGGAAAGACUGUAUUAGAUUGGCGUCAUUCUUACUCCGAUAUACACCAUCCGAAAGCCGGAGUUCUGUACGAAACAAAAGACCCUUUCCUCUGGUUUGAACAUUAUCAUGUUGAAGGUCGUUCAAGAGUAAAAUGUAUUAGUGGAGUCGAAGAUGUUCCAGUUUCGUUACAGUGGAGUCCAGAAGGACAUUUUUAUCCUAUUCAAAUUGCGCAGUAUGGUCUCUCUCACUACAACUUGCUGCAUAUUGAAGGUGAUUCAGAAGGGAAAGAGAAAGUUUUCGAGGAUGCUGAGACUGUUUCAGAAGUAAAUUGGAGCUGGGCCUUCCCUAAAAGUGCGCAGAUUACCAACGUGUUCGAUAAGGAACGAAAUUCUCGAGUUUUACAAUUUUCUACCACAGGUAAGAUAAUUCUCAUAUGUUACAUCUGGUUAUUUUUAUGUGUAUUAUUGUUGUGAAAGCACGCAUUUUUUUCUUUUAGUUCUUUUUUAGCAGAGCGUGACAGCCUGUAAUAUAACAAGAUUUUGUACUUUAUUAUGUACCCACAUGCUAAUUAGCAAUACUUGAGCGAUCGUUUUAUUCCUCUCGUUUUUUCGCAAUUCGAUAAUUUUAGUGCAGAGUAAAAUGUUUGUUUUGAUAAAGUGAGCGUAACAAAAUAUCCGGUACGUUUUCUCUCUUCAUGCGCCGACGAGGAUGAGCGAAUAUAACUUUUCAACCACGAAACUCGUGUAGCGCACUGCAAUCGGAUUUCUAUUUGUGAGAUUUUUGAAGAUGAGAUUUUCACACCUACAUUAGUGAAAAUAAUCUCUGAAAGAACCUAUUCGUUUAAGUUAAGGCGCCUAAUCGGUGCAUUUUGAUUAAAAAGUGUUCUUCACUAAUAGAUGCAUCUUUCGUCCUGUGUAAACAAAUUUCCAAAAUUCUUGCUUGAGAUAAGCAAACCUCAAUUAAUCUUUCAAUCUGGCCCAUGAUUUCCCUAUGUGAUAAGUCGCGUAUAAUCGACAUUCAAAGCGGAAAAAAGAAGCGAACUAGAAGCUGGAGAAUAUUGCUUUUCCAUCAGAAACUGAUGUGUUUUUAAUUAUUUUUAUGAAAAUGAUCAUUCAUUGGCUGAGCAAGAUUCAUUAUGGAACCAAAGCGUGCUUAAGAAAUAUUGGAGUUACCGCAAAACGCGAUAAACGACUUAUUCUUUCUACAAAACCGAUUUAAACUGUCUAGGAGGUGUCUACAAAAUUAAUUUUCCUGAACCUCUUUUGAAUACAAUACGUAGAUUAAGCCCUUUAAUUCUUGGGUUUUAGUGAUAAGAUGCUCAAGUUUUCUCCCACUUUAGUUCCUAACCUCUGUAUUUCAACAACAGAAACAAGUGAAAUUAUUAAAUGCAACAACACCCAUUAUCUUUCUUCCCAGAGUCUAGAUUCCACCUGAUAAACUUCCCAAACCUUUCCUGUUGCACUUAAUUACUUUUUUUCAGAUGGUAUGUUUUAUUUACAAUUUUCUGUUUCCCCACAAUCAAUCACAGUUUUACCUCCUCUGUGUAAGAAUUACUGGUUCUGUUCAAUUCAACUGAUUGACAUGAUUUUAAACCAAACAUUUUUAAUCCUAUUGCUAGUAUUUCUUUUGUGCAUUGUGCAAGGGAGGUUGUAUAUGCAAACUAUGUAAACAUUGUAGUCCAAAAUCUAAACAAUAGAGAUGCACUUUGUACAUUUCACUCAGGGGGUGAUUUGUUUGUGAAAUUAACUCUGUGGUUUGUCUGAUCACCAACAUGGUGACCUAACAGGACAAAAUACUCUGCCAAAUGAAACUUUUGGAGGUUAUUUCUUUUUCAUGUAUGCAAAGGGUGAACAUUUAGCAUUUUUGAUUUUUUAAAAUUCAACCAGUUGCAACAUGAUUGGAGAAGAAAUGUACUUGCCAAUUAACUAUAAUGAAAGACACAUUUUUCUGGCCACUGGCUGAUGUUGAUUGCCGUUGAAAUCAAGUAAUGAGCAUUUUUUUUUAUGAACAAAAUUAGGGCAUUAGAAAGACAGAAUUUGUUUCAUGAGUUGCACAUUUAUAAUUAAUGACCUUUUAAAAUCAGUGUGCUGUUUUAUCAAUCAGAAAUGUCUGUAUUUGAUCCAACAAUAUAACAUGCCAAAAUGAAUCUUUAGAACUAUAAACUGGUAGUAUAGUUUAAUGGUUUAUGAUUACUGAAAUGAUGUUGAAUGAUGCACUAUUAUAUUUAAAGAUAUUCAUGCUAAUUAUGUCUAUGUUAUGAUAAUUGGUGGGGGACAAUGCUUACACUCUCUAGUAAAAUUAACCCCCAGAUCAAAUAGGAGUAUCUGUUUUUAGGGUGUAACUAAAUAGAUGGCUAGAAUACCUUGCAUACUUCCACUUCCAUUUUCCUAUGAUAAGGAAAAUCAAUUUUCUUCCUUAUCUUGAGCAUGAAAAGUAAAUGACAUUUUCAAGCCUGUAAAGCAAUCCUUUUGAUUGCUGAAUUUUCAAGAAUUCAAAGCAAUUUUAGGCAGUAAUUAGAGGUACUACCGGCAGUAAUUUUACUGGUCUUGGUUCUUUGCACUGUUUCGUCUUUAAUUUGGGUAGUAAGGAAGGGGGGUUUUGUAAUUCCCACUACACAUUAUAUUGAGCAAAUUUAAAAUCACCACUCCCUUCCCAUUUUAGUUGUACUACACAGUUUAGUGUGGGAUGCUUUGAUACAAAGGCAGGUAAAUUGUGGGGGGGAAAUUUGUUUUAACUGUUGACUGAGUUUUAUCAUUAUUGACAGAAACCCAAAUUUUGAUUUAUUAUGGUGUCUUUUUGCACAUAUAAAUGAACAUCCACUUGAGGGAAAAUCAAAAAUUGAGUAGCAUAAUAGCUUAAGGUGAAGAAGAUGGGGCAUAGGGUAAAAUAUGAACUGGACCAUUUUUUGGACCAUUUUAAUAAGGGGAAGCACACCAUUAGUACUCAGGGAGGGGCAGGAUGCAGUCUAUCAGUACUGAGGGAGGGGUGGGAGGCACAGUGUUAUACUUAGAAAGGGGUGAGAGACACACUAUUACUAUGUAUAGAGGGGUGGGAGGUGGUUGUAAUAAUAAAUGCUACUAGUUAAUGGAGCUUUUACUCUAUCAUGCAAAUUUUUUAAAUUGGUUUUUCCACUGAUUUUUUUAUGCCAAAAUUUUUGCACUGGGCUGCAGCAUUUCUUCCUUUUUUUUCGUCAUGCAAAUGCAAAACUGCCACCUAAACACUGGACUUUAAUUGUUAUUCAAAAUAUCACAUCUACGAUCCUUUACUGUUAAGUUUUGCGUGUGGCUUUUGAGUAUACUUGUGCACUAUCAGUUGCUUCACAUUUCUCUUUGUGUGUACAGUUUAUAAUUACUGAAUUUUUCUCUCUUACUUUUGUCAUUGACCUUAUCAGACGAGUUCAUGGAAUUUCCGGUCCUUAGUCCUUAACUUAGCAGCAUAGAAUUCAUAUGCGCUAUCGUAAUUUAACAUUUAUACCUUUAAUAUAUAAACUAAUUGUUGGUACAGUCAUACAAAGCAAUCUUCUCUCUUUUCAGAUACACACGUUUCCCCUUUUGAUAUGGUGAACAUACGCUUGAGUGUCAUAUCAUGCAUUCCACUUCAUACUAAGGGAAGGGAAGCCCAAUGAAACGAUUGACAGCUUGUAUAAGUCUUGACCAGACAGAUAGAAUGGUCUGUGAUUCAAUCAAUUUCAAUGUUGUAUCGACGUAACGUUCCAUGAUUUUUGACUUUCCAAUUCAACUCUGAUGUUAGUAGCGCUACUUUUGAAUGGUAGCUUCUUGCAAAACUGUCAGCUUGUCGAACAUUGUGAGGAAAUUUCUUCCUGCAUUUGUGCAUACAGUAUGAGAAGAACUCAAAUAUAGAAAUGUAUGGCAGCUCCACUCUCUUGCAAGAUGUGAUUUUCAGGAAACAAAGACUCCCUUGAUGCAGCCCAUCAAAAUCAAAUACAAAAAGAGCUAGGUCUUUAAAGUACACUAGGGAAAUGACAAUUCUUACUGUUUGUUAAUAAUGUGUAAAUUAUUGUUCAAUUAUUGUUCAUCGAUAGCACAGCAAAUACAACAGAAGGUGAUAUAACAGGUGUAGACAGAAAAGUUAUCAUUGCCCAUUUCCUCACUGCCGACACACUUUAACUUUAUUUGUACAAUUCAGUUUCUCCUCAUUUUUACAUAAUGUUUUGAUUUGGCCUGCAGUUAGUACAUACUUAUCACUCUGACUGUUUCUGAAGUUGGAAUGAGAUUUCUUUUCCUCUUGAGUCAUUGGAAAACAUUGAAGUUGUUUUGUCAUUGUCCCUGAGAGGGCUUUCUGUAAUUUGCAAAAGGAAACAAAAUGAAAUAGUGUUAUUUGUGAGAUUAACUCAAAUAGGUAAUUUGCAAAAGGGAAAUACUUCAUUUGUGAAUUAGAAAUCUGUAAUUUUCAAAAAAAGGUAACUUUGUAAUUUGCACUUGUGUGGGUUUAAUGAAUCAAUCCAUCAGCUAUGCGAAAGGAAAAUAGCAUCCUUAAGCCAUAAAAGGCAAACCUAAUAUUUAAAAAAUUAUCUAGUGCUGAAGCUAUGCUGUUUUAAUCAUCAAUGUACAAAGUGGAAUGCAUGACACGACCCUUAACUUAAAGCCGGAAAACUGUGUAUCUGAAAAGAGAGAAGAUUGCUCUGUACAAUUAUAUCAACAAUGUUUUUUUCAGUAAAGAUGCAAACAUUAAAAUUGUGAUAGCACACAUGGAUUCUAUGCUGCUAAAUAAGGGCUAAGCACCGGAAAUUCCACGAUCUUUGUCAUCUGAUAAAAUUAAUGACAAGAGGAAGAUAGAUAAAUUCAGUAAUGAUAUACUGUCCACCCAAAGGGAAAUGUGAAGCAUUUAGCACUGGAACAGGUUGACUUAAAAGGCACAUGCAUGACCCAAUAGUGGAGAUUAAAAAUUGAGAAUUGGCCAUACUUUUAAUUACAAUCUGAGUCCAGUGUUUAGGUGGCAAAGAACAGCCCAGCAUAACAGCCCAGCUAAAAAAUUUUGACAGUCAGUCAGUCAGUUGAAAAACCACUCAAAAAAGUAUGUAUGAUCUAGUAAAAACUCCAUCAAUCAGUAGCAUUUACUCCUGUAACCUCCCACCCCUCCUCUUUUCAUUCAUCUUCCACCCCUCCCUGAGUAACAACAGUCUGCCUCUCACCUCUCCCUAAGUACUGAUAGACUGCAUCCCACCCCUCCCUGAGUACUAAUGGUGGGGGCCCCUUUGAUAAAAUGGUUGAAAAGAAGGUCCAAAAAAUGGUCCAAAAAGUGGUCCAAAAAAUGUCCAAAAAAUAGUCCAAGGGUCCAAUGUUCCAGUCCAUAUUUUACCCCAUGCCAUCAGUAUGACAUAAAAGAGAGAAGGAUUCUACCAAAGGUGUACUAAUUUUUUUUCUCAGUUGUAUUUUAUUAUUUUCUCUACUUUGUAUGUUCUCCUAUAUCUUGCUCGAAGUGUUGUGACAAACAUUGGAAAACCUUCCAUCAAAAAAAAUUAGCCUACAGUACAUCCUGUUAGGGCAAGUUAAUGUUAGAAGCUCACAAUCGUUUACUCAACCUGUCAUGUUUGAUUUGGAAAUAGAGGCAGCAGUGGGAGGAGGGGGCAGGGAAAGGUGAAUAAUUUUCACCACCCCACCGCACUCCUCUCCUUAUUUUUGACCAUUGUUCACCCCUUUGGCACAAAUUUCUAUCUUUUCCUAGCCUUGCGCUGCCAUUAAAAUCGAAGAUGGCAGCCAUAGUUUUCUCUAAGAAAAUACUGAGCACUCACCUGCCAAAUUUACACCUGCUUUGUAGGCUAUCAGAAAAUCAGAACUUAUACUCCCCAAAGGAGUUACAGAACAUUUUCAUGUAUUAAAUUUUCAAUAUGAAAGUGGUGGUUAGGGUCCUAAGGAUGAUGUAACUGUUAAUAUUUUGUCACUAUCAUCUUAAAACAAAGUCCUUUUCAUUGUUUGGAGCUUAAUUUUUCCUGAUUUUAGUUUUUUCUUUUUUUCUUUUUUUACCAAACUUCAAAACAAACCCUAACCCUAAGAAUUGUGAUCCAAAAACAGGGUAACACUUUUUGUGCUUAUCCUAACAUCAAAAUUUUCCCCUCAAAACAUUCACUAAAAUAUGUCCCAGAAUGCAGGAAAUCAUGUCCUAGAAAGACUAAAAUUUCAAAUUUUUCUGGGGGAGCACACCCACAGAAACCCAUAUGACAGCCAUCUACUCAGUUCAGAUCCUAGACCCAUACAUUUCUAACGACAACCCUGACUUUCUGAUCAUUAACCAAGCAUCCAGUAAUUAGAAGGCCAUUAUUACUACUUCUUCAAGUUUUUCUCAGUCUCUGCUACACGUAGUGACUUAGAAGAAGGUUGCUCUUCUUCCCAUGGAGUUCUUUAUGUAUUUCUCUUUCUGGAAAAGUUGUAGGAGUCUCCUAAGAGGUACAAAACAACUGUUUGAAGUGUAGGGUAGGAAAUUUAUUUUGAUCCAAAUCACAGGGUUGCAAGAUAAUGCGAAUACUUUCAAUACCAAAUUUUCAAAAGUACAGUAUGGUAUUAAAUUUUUAUCCAGAGCAAAAAUCUUGCUUAGGAACCAAGUAACUGUUCACAUUGUCAACAGUAUAGAUUUUGUUUGUUGUCCAUAUUGAAGUGUAGGUCACAAUGAGGCAAUGAAGACCUGUGCUGUUGUAAUUGUGACAGCCAUAUUUUUUUUUACUUCUCUUGGGUCAUUUAUGAGAAUAUUAUCCAUAAAUAUCCAUAACAUAUAUACAUUAUGCAGCAACCAGUUAAUGAGGACUCUCUAAGUUAUCAGGUAGAAUUUGUCACCUUGAUCUAACAUCAAAUUGUUGUUACUAUUUUACAAGGAAAAUAAUGUACAGGUAGAGGGGAGAAUUAACAAACAGAUCUUGGGAGUUAAAGGGUUAAAGGAUGCAAAACCAUUGUGCUUUUGUAAGAAAGAAAUAAAGAUAUUUUGUUCUGGCCUUUUGUAUGAAUGAUGAAGAGUGUAGCUUUGUUGUUAAAAAAAUUUUAACAAAUUUUAAAUUCACUCUUUUUUUCAACAACAGCAGAAGUGAAUUGGAUAAAUAUCAUCCUGAUUAAGUUACCCUCUCACUAAUACUCAGUGAUGGACAAUGGUAUAAAUGGAAUGUUUUUAUUUACAGUUUCUUUGGUGAAUGUUAAGUCUCAAAAGUGUUUUGUUGUAAGAAGUUCAGGAAUAUGACUGCAGAAUUAGAAGUCAUCCUGCAACUGAAUUCUUACUUUAAACAGUACAAGUAUUUUCUUUUAUAUAAAAAUUGAGAAUGAGAUUAACCAAGCUUUAAGAUUCCUAGAACAUAAGUAAUCUUGAGAGGCAGUUAAGAAAAAAAUUUUAGUUUUCACAUUUGUUUUAAUGAGAAGUAUAGACAAAUAUGAGAUAUAUGCAAAAUUGCAGUUUAAGAGGACAAAUCAAACACUUCAAGUCACAGCCAGGUUUUUGGCUUUUUUUUCUUAAGAUAUAUCACUUCUAACAUCAAAACCUGUUUUAGGCAGGCACUCACAGGAACCUUGCUAAUUGCCUCUUAACUCUUAAACUCAGGAAUGAACAAGAAAUAAUUUCUGCAGCUAAGUGAUGAGAAAAGCAAAAAAAUUGUUAACUAGGGGAUUAUCAUUUGAUGCAAGACUAAAUUCUUGGAACAAACUUCAUAAGAAAUUUAUGGACGGAAGUAAGGAGAAUUUUGAUUGAGAUAUUGGAAGUGAAAGGGAUAAUUUAGGCUGUGAGUUCAAUCCAUGUUCUUUAGAAUUAAGGUAUGUUACACCGUCGAUCGCCCAUGUCAUUUUUUUGGAGCUUAUUCCAUCUUAGACAAACUCUGUUAUGGCAGAUUUUUUAUUUAUAAAGAAUUGCAAGUAUGGUCGAAAGUAAGUAUGUGUGGUUUCUUUUGUUAACCCUUUAGCUCCUAAAAGUGACUAGCAUCUAAUCUCUCCUUACUAUAUCACCCCUGAAUCAAACGUGAAAGUUAUGAGAAUAGAGGAGAUGAUCACCAACUAAAGCAGCUCUUGACUGUUAAACAAAUUCUCCUUGUCAGCCUCUUUGGAAAUGUAUGGGGAGUGGUAUGGAGAAUAUGCAUAUUGAUGUUAGGUGAUAAAGGGUUGAAGAACAUACCUGAUGGACAAAUUUUACCUGCUUAAAUGUUUAAUACCCUGUACUUUUACACGCUUAUAAAACUGCUCAGGGUCCUAUCAUGUGUAAAAUAUUUGCUAAAAGAACUCCAGAUUUUCUGUUUCGCAAAAAGACCUAAUCGUAAUCUCUUUUAGGGUCCGUAUAAUACAUGGUUCUUGUGAAAAUUCUCUGAAAAUAUGGUGGUGAAAUAUGCUGUAGUCGAUGAAAAGAGAGUUGAAGUUUGUUGUAACUGGGUUUUAUGCAUUUUUCAUCCCCUGUCCUGAGGUAGUAGUAGCCACUUAGAUUUCUGUCGCUUUAGAAUGAAGAAUUCGCGUUUUAUUAUCUUUAUCAUUAUUAUUUUAACUGUCGGUGCAUUGCGCAGACUGUGUUAACAGCUUUGUCUUUUGUCAUUAUCAUAAUCGGCUCUAUCACUCCCCAAGACGCCAGAUCAAUUAUCGACUUCAUCAAUGUAGCUUUAACACUUUAUCUUGUUAUCACAGCUGUCGGGAGAUCUUUGGAUCAGUAGUGCAGCAUGAUAUUCCGCUAAACGGGUCUUGUUUCGGUUCACGCAUCCUGUUUUCAGCAUAACGAAUUAUCUCCUGUAGUUCUCCCACUCUUAUCAGUUGUGUAUAAGUAGGGUUAUUCAUUAGUAAAGUUCACUUGCAUUCAGUUGAAAUUUUUUUUUAUCACCGAAUGACAACCAGAUGUUUUUGCAUAAAAAUGUUCCAAUUUUGGAAUUCACGCAGAAACGAUCAGAUUCUGGUACUAAUUGGAGCAUGAAAUGGAGAUGGUUAUUGUUUAUCUUACAGAUUUUUAUCGGCCUAAGGAAUCUCACACUUCGAGUUUUGGACAGAAAAUCUCAGUACGUAGCGUAACCUUACAACAGUGAUGUAGUUGGCAUCCAUUCAAACUUCGCUAUGCGCCAAAGAUUUUGUGUGGUUUUAGUCGGAAUGAUACGUUAUAUAACUUCAUGCGUUUUCGUGUGAGCUUUGGAAGAAACAAGGAAAUAAUAUGUCAGACAACCGCUAUUGAACGUUUUAUUCUAGGUUUUUCCACCUUAUUUGGCCGUUGUUUGGCAUUUAAGGGGCAAACGUUUCCAUUUCCAUGUUCAUUGAAACACAAACAAGCUUACAGAAGGCAAUAGUCUGAUGUCGUGUUUAAUGCCGCCCUUCUAAGUUGCAAAUGGGAAACUAAAAAAGUUAGCGUUCUUUUCAACUCACGUGUCGCUUUUGAGUCCAUAGUGAUUUUCUGUUGACAAACGGCCUGCGACCUUGGUUUUCGAUCAGAUUGCCGCUUGUUGGAUUAAAUGGCAGAAGAAGGCUGGGGUGAAGAAAUUGCACAAAGUAAUUUCUGUACUUCCCUCCCCUCCCCUCCCCUCCCCUCCCCUCCUCUCAAAUUUCCACCCCAAUGCCGGUAGUAGUUUUGUUCCCGCUUUCUCUCUCUCAAGUUAAGGUUAUAAAGUUGGUAUUAUCAGUGAAACACGGAUCUGUCUGAAUUUUUGUUAGACAAGAUUUAAAACGAUUAUUACAUGUGAUAAGAGAUUUGGUCAUCUGUUAUCAUGUGAACCACCGUGGGGGUGAAAGUAGAGAUUAUCUAUUUCAUUUCUUUGAUCCGACCUGUCGAUUUCUUUGUUUUUAUUGAUUUCCAUAGUUUAAACUUCUCGCUCACUUUUAUUCGGGUGUUUCGGGUAUGGGUGUUUCGGCAUUGACUGGGUGUUGCCGUUGGCGCCAAUUGGUAGACAAUGUUAGCGGACAUUGUCUACCAUGUCAUUGUUACCUUUAUGUAGGAAACUGGACACCAUUUAUGAAGCGCAAAAUAACAAUCGCCUCUUUAGGCGAUUGGAAACACCUGCACUUCUGUUACAUGAAACCUUUAUUAGGCAAAUCACUUUCAAUGAAUUUGAAUUUCAUUUUUAUCCGAUUGGAGUUUAAGAUUACGAUCUUAAAACAUUUUAUGGUGACUGCCCACCUUCGGAGGCCGAAAAAAAAAUCAUUUUUUUCCUAUAUUUGACUAAACUAAGUUCACACAUUUGCCUUAAGUUUCCAAAAGAAAAAAAGUUUAAAUCUCCAAAGUACCAGCCUCGAUACAAAAACAUGAAAAAUCGCCUCGAAUUGUAAGUUUGAAAGCUGUCUGUCAAUUCGUUGUCUUGCCUCACAGCACAUUUUCCGGUUUUGUCAUCUUUGCCGCGGUAUUUUCCUUUACCUCAAGCUUUUUUGCCCAUUUUUUGUCUCGUCCUCCUCAACGCUGCACUGAGCGAUGGAGAUAAAAACAACGUGUCUGCAAUGGGUUACUUUUCCCGGGAAAUCAUGAUCCAUCGUCAUUGAUGACAGGAGGUUCCGUUGUUCCAUUGGUUUGCGGUUUCAGGAGGCGAGAUAAUCUUCUGGCGUGGCGCGAGUUAUUUACGAACCUUUAUGAGCUAAAAUCUCUGGCAUUUGAUUUUGGCAGGAAUACAUCCACUUUGUGUUACAGGGUAUUUAGAUUUAACCAAUUAUGGUCAAAUUUGGUCAAAUUUCGCCAAAUUAUUCCUGAAAUAAUGACAAAUGAAAGCCUUUCGGGAAAUUUUGAUAUUUUAAAUAUUUGUCCCGUGGCGUCCAUUUACGCAACACGCCUCGCAUAUUUUUAGCUACUCCAACUUAAGAUGUCGAUAUCUGAAUAACCAAUCCGAAUAUCGGAAAGCCAGACAUUUCAUGAUGAUUGAAGCCUUGUGAAUAAGACUGUGUAGCCAUUUCGGUUGUGCUACGACAUCUGGUACCCGAUAAAUUCAAUAGAAGAACCCUCGGUCGUUUCACACGCUUUACCGGCUCCUGACACCUCCUAAAAGGAAAACUCGCUUAAAUUAUAUGUUUAUCGCAAACUGCAUUUAUUAAGCUUUUUUCUGAUGUAUAGUUUGCUAUGAUUUUAGUGAAACUAGCGCGCGUACAAAUUUUUUUCCCGAAGGACACCCGCGAAGAUUGAAAGUAACCUUAAAUUGUAGUGAUAAAAUGUCAUAAGUGUUAUUCUAUCCACCGGAAACGGCCAGAUUCCUAAAGCUGGUGAUAACUCACUCUGUUUCAUCUAGGGGGUUAACAAUUUACUCCAAACGGUAGUGUGCAGACAUCUUAUUAGAUUGAGUGAGUUCAGCGGGUGUUCGAUCAAGCCGCAUUGUCUUCAUUAACUAUUGUAACGGGUUAACAGGCGUCACUUUUGCGCGUUUUUCUCAGACAAGUGGCGGCAAGGGUCAUACGAGAGCCCGGAAGGUGCGAACGUCUCACGCGCGCUUGAAUGAGCGAUGAAAUUACGCCUCUUCCUACUGGUUACCCUCAGAAUUUUGAGUUAACUACAGCUUCCACAUGAUGUUAGUAUGGAAAUCGGGAUCUUGCGCUUAAAGCUUUUUCACUGGCCUGGUCACGUAGUGAAUUCUUGGGCAACACACUUUACUGUCACAGAAACACUUUUCAGGAGAGGUUUUACUUCUUUCAAGUUAAUCUCGUGUGGUAAAUAAUUAAAUAGAUUUUCUGAUUAUUUUAGGUUUGACGGGAGAAGGCAUUUCCCUUAGCGUGGACAGUGCAACAAAGGAUUUUGUUUUAAACUUCGACCUCCUCCUCCGAGGUGAAGUUCGUGUUUCCAUUGUAUUAGAACUAGACAACGCUGAUUUAUACACAGUGCAUUACACAUCCAACAACGCUUUUCUUUCGUCCAACGGCAAGGAGGUGUUUUAUGGUGUGGGACACUGGAAAGGCUGGAGAAGAAUUGCGCGGAAUUUAGACACGGAUUUAAGAAAAGGAAUAAAGUUUCCUGAUAAAAAGAAUGCUAGAAAGGGUAAAAUGGCGUUGACAGAAGUACAAAGCAUUUUACUUCACGGGAAGGGUUUAAUUGAUAAUAUCACAUUAAUGCGCUCAGCUCAUGAGCAUUCGUUUCUGGCCGCGGCAAACUGGUUCUUACGUUAUCAAAAUAACCUUGGUGGCUGGCCAAUCACAGUAAAGCGUAAAGUGAUUGACGGCGUCACUCUGUUGCCUGACUGGUAUUCAGCCAUGGGGCAGGGGCAAGGCAUGUCUCUGUUGACCAGAGCUUAUCUCUUCACGAAAAACCCGGCCUACUUAAGAGCAGCUCUCCGAGCCACUAAACUGUUCAAAGUCAAGGCUGUAGACAAAGGAGUUUUAAACACGUUCAUGAACCAGUAUCACUGGUACGAGGAAUACCCCACAUCGCCAUCAACGCUAGUCUUAAACGGUUUUAUUUACUCGUUGCUCGGGCUCUACGACUUGAAGCUUACUGCGGGUCCUCAACAAGGUGCCGAGGCAGCAGAGUUGUUCGAUCAGGGCAUGCGCUCUUUAAAAGCAAUGCUACCUCUAUAUGACAGUGGAUCCGGGAGCUUUUACGACCUCCGUCACAUGACCAUGCGCGUCGCGCCCAAUUUGGCGCGUUGGGAUUAUCAUACGCUACAUGUUAGUCUAUUGUAUGUCUUGGCGAAUAUCGACCCAGAUCCCAUCCUCAAGACAACGGCAAUGCGUUGGGAAGGAUAUACUCAAGGAAAGAGAGCCAAACACAAUUAAGUUUUUACAUAGUAGAGCAAUUUUCAAUUGAGUGUCGGAAGUAAUCCUGUAUUGCUUUGUUUUUUACUAAACUUAGCUCUAUGAUCGGUCCAGAAAACGUGCGCCAUCUUCUCAACCAAUCAGGUGCAAAACUAAAAACGAUCGCUCUUGGUCUUCCGCGUUUUCCCACGCUUUAAGCAGUUUGCUUGUUUUCGCUUUGAGUUCUCAUUGGCUAACGAUGAUGUACCUCUUUGUUCUGAUUGGUCGCUGGGAUUACUUUGGUUUUGGCUUUUCUGACACAAUGGAAAACUGCUCUAUUUCCUUUUUU